UCCGAUCCUCCGCCCUCUCUCCGCCUCCUCCUCCUCGCGGCGGCGGCGGCGGCUCGCUCGGCCCCGGCGCGCUGCUUUGCCUCGCUUCUCUCCGGGCGGCUCCGAGGACGGAACUGCUGCAAGGAGCCUCUGGGAGUUCGAGUGAAGAGACCUACCUCUGUCUGGAGACUUCUGCUAAAAGUGUAAACCUAACAAGUCUUAGCGAGAGCACAAAAAUCUUACAUCGAGAAUUCCCUGAAGUAUUACAUUCCUCCAUUCAGAGUGUGGACAAGAGUUUGGCAUUGCGCUUUUACAGAUUGCUGCCAGUAGCAGAGCACAAAGGGAACAGCGAGACUCCUGCGUCUUUCAGCAAGAAGAAAGGAGUUGGUGGAGCAGACUAAUACGGACUUGUGUCGGGUGGCCUUGGCCUACAAAGGCUGCCUUUAAAAGAGAAACGCAGUGUUAUUUAAUGAGCUGUGAGAUGAGGCACUGCUGCUAACACUCAGAUCCCAGGAUUCAUCGGCUAUUCAUUGUGCUUAAUGUACAUGUUUCUGCACCGUGCAUUUAGGAGAUCCCAGAGAAGAAUCCAAAACGGCUGCAGGGGAAAGACCACCAAACAUGCCUACAGAAACACUACCGACAGGUAGCAUGGUGAAGCCAGUCAGCCCUGCCGUCACUUUCACAUCUGCCGUUCCUCUCCGCAUCCUGAACAAAGGACCUGACUAUUUUCGCAGGCAGGCGGAGCCUAAUCCAAAAAGACUGAGCGCGGUGGAGAGGCUGGAAGCUGACAAAGCGAAAUAUGUCAAAAGCCAGGAGGUCAUCAAUGCCAAGCAGGAGCCUGUGAAGCCGGCCGUACUGGCAAAGCCACCAGUCUGUCCCGCGGCCAAGCGAGCUCUGGGGAGCCCCACCUUGAAAGUCUUUAGCAACAAUGCAAAGACCGAAAGCAGUGUCCAGAGAGAAAAUCUGAAACUUGAGAUUUUGAAGAACAUCAUCAACAGCUCUGAAGGCUCCAGCUCAGGUUCAGGGCAUAAGCAUGGUCCCCGAAACUGGCCACCUCACAGAGCUGAUUCAACAGAGCUGAACCGACACUCAUUUGCUGAAUCCCUGAAGGUUUACCCCACACAGGGCCGUAGCAGCCCUCAGGAGAGCAGCUCUAAUGUCAGCAGAAGGCUCCUAGAUCAGUCAGCAGAGACUUUCUUGCAUGUCUCUCACAGCUCCUCAGACAUUAGGAAAGUAACUAGUGCAAAGCCCUUAAAAGCAAUACCCUGCAGUAGUUCAGCCCCACCUCUGCCUCCAAAGCCCAAAAUCGCUGCCAUCACCACCCUCAAAUCCCCAGAGAUUGAGGCAGUCGAGUCUGGAUGUGGAGUUAGUAGAAGACCCUCCCUACAGCGAUCAAAAUCAGACUUAAGCGACAGAUACUUUCGUGUCGAUGCAGAUGUUGAACGAUUCUUUAACUACUGUGGACUGGAUCCUGAAGAGCUUGAAAACCUCGGGAUGGAAAACUUUGCAAGGGCUAACUCUGAUAUUAUAUCCCUCAACUUUCGCAGUGCAAGCAUGAUUAGCUCAGACUGUGAACAGUCUCAGGACAGCAACAGUGACCUUAGAAACGAUGACAGUGCCAAUGACCGUGUGCCAUAUGGCAUUUCUGCCAUUGAAAGGAAUGCCAGAAUCAUCAAGUGGUUAUAUAGCAUCAAGCAAGCUAGAGAGUCACAGAAAGUGUCUCAUGUGUGAGAGGAAAAUUCCACCAUAGAAAAAGCAAGAACUGUAUCUUUGUCUGUGAAUAUUCAGUCGUGAAGGGUUGUGAAGUCUACUUGAAGUCUUGUACACUUUUAAAAUCUCUUUGUGUUGCUUGUUGUGCAAUGUUUCCAAGUUGCAUGCCUGUCAACAUGUGAGCUGACCUGGCUUCCACUUGAACAAUAACUAACUACAGAGCCUGGCUGAGCAUACACAUUAUCUGCCAAAAGUUUAAGACAAGAAUCUAAUUAGGGCUUCAAUAUAAUCAAAGUGUUUACAUGGAAAGGUUAUAUGACUUCUUUGGUAUUUAUGUGGUUCCUUGUGGAUUUUAUAUGUCACUUUUUGUCUUAAUACAGAUGUUGUCAACUGACGUUACUAGCUUCUAAGUUGAAUCAGAAUCCCUUUGGAGGGAAGAAAAGCAAAAUUGGCCAAAAUAAGAGGUUUAGGCAUAGGACGAUAGGCAAAGCAGCCUUAUCUCUUCUAGAAAGUGCAUUAUUGGCACGUGUAAAACUGUUUCUAAAAGGCAAAGAAUGCUGCGUUCUUCAACUAUGUUUCAUUGUUAAACUAUAUAUCCCUACUUCUAGUCAGGAACUGCUCAGUAAAUGUUUCUAUUUUGUAGGUAAAAUCCCUCAGUUUUACAGCAGAAGUAGUCUAGUGAAUCUGCUUGACCUCUCAUAAACUGAGUCUUACGUAUUUGGGUUGGUGUAAGCAUUUUAAUAAUUUUGUAUUGUCCCUUUUGGAAAAGCUUAAAGAAGGUCAGAGUCAACAGAUGAAAAUGGCAUAGGUGCAGGAUUUUGUGGGUUUGGUUUUUACUCAAAGAUUCCUGGUCUUAAACUUUUGACAGGAAUGAUUAGAUCCUAUAGCUGAUAUUGAAUGCCUUUAUUAUUCAAACACAUAAUGACUACAAACUCCAUGCUGUCUUUUAAUAUUUUUGUAGACCUAUCUGAACAGUUAAUGAACAAAAAUGGAAACACACAGCCAUAUGAAUAUAAAGCCUCGUAUUCAGAAGUAAAUACACUCAGUAGUUGAACUAUAUCUGAAAAAUUGUGAUUAUGUUAUCUUGCAUAUGUUAUAUCUAAGGCUGUGAAAGUUUGUUAACUACAGCUCUAGGAAAGCAUAGAAACAUGACAGUAUGUAGCUUUUCUUUUCUUUUCUUCCCCCCUUCUCCCCCUUAUGAUUGUUAGUGCUGCAGGUCAACCUGUUACAAAUCUUUUGACAAUCUGUGUCUUCCCAGUGGUUCAAUUAACUGUCAUUUCAACGGACAGCAGUGGCAUGGCAGCAGAGAAGUUGAAAGUACAGUGGUCUGCUUCAUUAUUAUUGUAUACAUGCUUUGAAGUAAAUUGCAGCACUACCUUAUACGUCAUCAGCUAAUAGGAAACUUUUUUUAUUGUGUAAAUGCUGUAAGACUUUGUAUAUACUUCAGUUGUUAUGAAAUCUUUAAAAGGAAGAGUGUUAUGCUAAUAAAUAGCUCCUGGUGCAGGUAUGGUAGGUUUUUUGUUCGUUUCUUUUACCCCUUUUAUUCAUAAAAUUAUAUCGGGAACUCAAUUGCAGUGUGUUUUAGUGCUGUAGGUCUUGGUUAAAUAAUAGUUCCAGUAAAAGUUUUCUUUUACUAAAGUGCUUUUCAGAGUAUAAUUUUUUAUAAAGUAACUAUAGCAGCAUGAUCUGUCUAAAGAACUAGAAGAGAUUUUUGAGACUCCUAAAAUAGUUUGCUUCUUCCUUACCUAGCAAUGUUACUGUUCCCGUUUAUAGCAUCUGUUCAUAAUGAAUCACUGCAGUCUUCUGAAUUAUUCUUCAGUAGUGCUUAUUUAUAUAUUUGAAUAUUAAACAUGUUUUACAAAGUCGGGUUCUAUCUUUUCUCUUGGAAGCCUGCAGCCCGACUUCUUACCAAUAGCCAGAGUUCAUGCAGGUGAGACUAGAAGCGAAGCUGUGUCGCCAUUUGUUGCCUGUGGAAUUAUCCUGCAUCAAAUUUCAUAUAAUUGUUUUCCAAAUGACUGUUUACGGAGGAAAAAAAAGGCACACAUUCAGUUUCAGCAAGCUACUCUAUGGUUUUACAGUUGGCUUCACAACCUAAGACUACAACAUUCCUAGCACAGUCAAAAAAAUGAGGAGCUAUGUAUUUCAGCUACAGGCGCAUUUGUGACAUUUUAAGCUCCAUGGGUUUCAUUUGGCAUUGACAUCACACCGGUUUUUCAAGCAUAUUUUUCCAAUAGUAAGUUCUACUCAGUUCAGUGACUAUUUUGCCAAGGAAAAUAAUGCUUAAAGGAUUAAAGCCAAGUGUAAUGCAGCUGUACAGCAAUGAAAUAAAGAAGUGAAAACCAAAAUGAAAACGCAAUCACAUUGUUCUCUCUCAAGUGUUUUAAGAAUGAUGAUAAACAUGCUAUCUCAACUGUUGCCAGCCAAAAACAGUAAUAAAGAAGCCUUUUUAACUAGAAAAUGGAUUAAAGCGAAUGCUAGCAUUCUGAACUUGUUUCCCAAGGUUUGUUAGGAAGCUGUAGACUCUUAGGAGAAAUCAAAUUCAUAUCCUUUUAAUGCCACAGGGGGUUGAAAGCUUGUGAGGUAUCUGUGAGAGAGCAUUUCCUCACUCCAUACCUUAAGCAGUACCUUUGACACGGCACAAGCUCCAGCUCCGCUAUCCCGGCUUUUUACGAUAUGCACGUGAAUAAGAUUUUACAAGACCCAGACCUUCGCUAUGAACUGAACUUGCAGCUCUAGUGAGACAGCAGUAAUAGAAAUCACAAGAAAAGUUCACCUGCUGCUACAUGCCCACAAGGCUUUAUGCAGAUAACAGUUUACUUCAUUUUGUCACUUUGUUAUGCUUUACGUAGCUAGGAUUGAUUUAUUUAUUUGUAUCUUUGCUGUUAACCUGCAUAUCUGUAUAAAAGCCCACUCGGUGGUGUCGAUAUGGUUUUGUUUUCAACCAGGAAAAAACAUUUUGCUUUUGCAGACGUGUCGAGAGGGUCCAUUGUUUGUUUGAGGAGAUUCCUGAGUACCAAAUGUUGAAUUCGCAGGAAAUUGUAACCAGCUGAAAUGCCUCAUUGGGGAUCCAUUCUGGUCUUGUUCUGUCUGUCUCCAGCAGCCAUUUACUCAGGUGCAAAGUACACAGCUAGUGUCCAUGGUUAAACAACAGCUCUUGUUGCAGCAGCAGCUCUGGAGGGAGAUACGAGCCUGUGGCAUCCUGUGAAAGCCAGUGCUGAGCCCAGCGCUGACAGUUCUGGCCGCAAAAGUGAAGAAAAGCACGGUGUGUAUUCAGUAGUUAGUAGUAUUUACAUGCAAACACAUACACACACACACGCGCGCAAAAGAAACCACCGCAGAAGUUUGUGGUAAUUCUGUUAUUUUGACUUGCUGGGAAGGGAAAGGAAAAGGAAAAUAUGUGGCAAAGUGCAUUUUGAAAGCUAUAUAUGGGUUUGUGCAGAGGUAAACUAUUUAUCUGAAUGAAAGAGAUGGGCAGCGAGGUAUAACUGGUCUUCUAAUUGCUUCAUAUUAUACAGUAACAAUGUCAUGAGACUUUAGAGAUACAGGAUCUGUGCCACAAAUUUACAUUGAAGGAAUACUAGCACUGAAACUGUGUUUUUUAUAAAUUCUGUUUCUGCAAGAGAGAGCACUGUGCUGCAAGCGUAUGCACCAUCUGAGUGGCCGAGGGCUUUUGAAGGGUAAACACAAAAUGAUGAUGCUUUUGGCAGAAAUUCAAAAGUCAGAAGACACGCUUAGACAACAGAGCCAAUCAGUAUUGCUGACUUAUCUCUUUUUACAGCAGUUUAUCCAUCCAUGGAGGCCAUACGCAUUUGAUUCCAGUCAUUCAAUGAAAAAAGAAAGUGCUUAAUGGAGCUCUGCAGAACAGAGUUGAAUAAUUUUGAUCUGCAGGAGAACAGGAAAGGAGCUAAAACUUAAAAACGGUCUUCCUGUUACUUAUUGAUUAUGAGAUGGUAAUGUUUGGUAUGUUAUAUUCAGAGCUCACUUGUUCAUAAGAAAUUUUAUUAGCCAGAAUAGUCAAACCAAUAAAUCUGGGAGGUGCUAGUUUUCCAAGGCUAUAAAGCUCAUGUUUUAAGUGAUUAAUGGUGCCACACCAGUAGCUGAGCACAUUAGGCUUAGAAUAUGAGAGCAUCUGGAGCUUUGUUCCCAUGAACAGUAAGGGUCCAUUGCCUAUCUCAGCAAUGAAUAUAAAUGCAGAUAUAGCUUAAGGUCCCUUGGUGCUGUACAAGAGGAUAAAUUGGUCAAGGUUUUUGUCUUGAAUUGUAAUAUAAUUAUAUUAAAGUCCUUGUUACCAACACUUAGAUGUUCACUGAUAUUCUGAAUUCAUCUGACAUUCCAUGCUGUCAGCAGAAAGGCUCCAAUAAUCUGCCCUUACAAAUAUAUCACCCAUAGCUUAAUGGGAAAGGCCAUUAAAAUUGUCUGUUCGAUGUAAGGACUUUUGUCUCCUGGUGACGGCAUCUGUCAAGAGAAGCUCUAAAUAAGCAAAUUUCAGUCACAAGUAUUAAACCAUGAACACCAUUUAUUUUAAUCCUUGGAAGCCCAAGUGGUGAUUGAUAGUUUUGUCCUAGCAUUUCUUACACUCAGUAUGUUGUUGAAUGGCUAUAAACUGGAGAGGGGCAGAUUUAGACUAGACAUAAGGACAAAUUUCUUCACAAUGUGGGUGGUGAGGCACUGGCACAGGUUGCCCAGGGAAGUUGAGGCUGCCCCAUCCCUGGAAGUGUUCAAGGCCAAGCUGGAUGGGGACUUGGGCAGCCUGAUCUAGUGGGAGGUGUCCCUGCCCAUGGCGGGGGGGGGAAUGUUGAAUUAGAUGAUCUUUAAGGUCCUUUCCAACCCAAACCAUGCUAUGAUUCUAUGAAAACCUCAGAUGUCCAUUUGGGGCAAAGUGGAGCCACCUACGCCGUACCAUCUGUCUUGCCCUGGUAGGUAUGAACAGCCUCCAAGCGUAUUUUUUAUCUGAUCACUUAAGAUUGGUUGUGGCUGCCUGUCAAAACUCAGUAAUAAUAAGUGGUGAGGUUUUUGGGUUUUUUUUAGGUUUUAUUAAAAAUGAUCAUUUAUAUAACAAAAACUGUAGUCUCUUAAAUGUCAUUCUUCUAAAUUUAAAGUAAUUUUCAUUACGAUUUUAUGACAAGAAUAAGAGAGCGCUAGUAUCUGUGCUAUUAUAGUUCCCUGCUUUUGGCACUGCAAGUCUUCUCCACCUUCUUGGUGUCUUGCCUUUUCUGAGUUUUCUUAGUUUCUAUUCUUUCUUUCUGCAUGUUCCUUCCUUGUCUAGUCUGGCUUUUUCGUCUUAUGUUCUCUGAAACACAUGACUAAGGUCAUCAUAUUCUCCUUGUUUAGCCUUCUUUCUUAAGCACCUUCAUCCCACAGUUAUGUUAAUGCUCCUAAAUCUCAAAGCAACUUUCCCACGACGUGUCUUGUCUUUUACAGCCUCUUUACUUAUGGCAGCCUGUUUCCAGGGGAGUUAUUCCGUGGCUGCAGUUGAGUUGCCACAUCCCAAACAGGUAGUGGUCUAUUUAAUUGAUUAUUUUUUUCUUUUUGUGUGUGCCAUCUUGUUUGUAUCAAAGAGGAAACAGCAAGAGGUGAUUCUUCAGGAGGAAGUAGUGAUUGAAAACACUCAUGAAGAAUGAGAUGCCAAACGUGUCUUGAAAAUCAGCCUCUCGGUUCAAGACUGCUGCAUUGUGCAGCCAUAGGAUAGCCGGUUCAACACUGCAACCUUGUAUAUGGGAACAGCCUAUCCAAGUGUUCAUCUGGGAGAUGAGAUAAAUCAGUGUAUGGAAGCAGAAGGCACUUGGUGAAGCAUGCCACUGUUUCUAUAAAUACCUGCUAUUCAUAUCUUUGAAAAUGAAAUCAGGAGGGGAAAAAAACCAGGGUUGAAAUUUGGAGAACAGCUGUUUAUACAAAUGCUUUCAGACAAAAUGCGGAGGUGGAUAGGUAGUUUUGCUUUUUAAGAAAUGCAGCUUUUAAAAGAUCUUUUAAUAAAUGACCUGCUUUUCAACUAUGUUAUUUUUUUAGAAUGUCAGUCUUGCCAUUCUGAACUGUAAAAUCUUGCUACUCUCAGCGGAGAGCUUUUAGAAAUGUACUGACAGUGACUUGGAGUGGCUUAAGUAGUAGGAUAAAAUA